AUGGCACAGAGGGGUGGAAAUGAAGAAGUGAUCAACCUGAAGAGCUUCCGUAGCCACAGAGGGAAAGACCGGAUAAACCGUAAGGACGAAGGCCAUAUCAUGAUAUCAGAUUCCUCAGAUGAAGAAUUGCCAUUGCUGCUGGAAACACCAGUGGAGCAACAGCCUGAGGAAGAGGAUGAUGAUGUAGUCAUCUUGACAGAGACCCCAAAGCAUCAGCAGCUUCUGCGUCCCAAUGUCAUCAGACCUGCUGCUCAAUGGCGAUGUGCAAAUACUGUGGGAGAAGGAGGAUCUAAAAGUGCUCUGGAGCCCUCAAGGAGCACACAUCUACAGGAGAAGACCUCAACUUUGUUGUGCCAGGGAGAUCAGUAUAAUCACAUGGUGGAGAGCAGUGCUGGACCCAGCAGGGAUGAGAAUAAGAAUGUUGCCUUACAGCAGCCUUGGUCAUCUGAGCUUAGUGACCCCACUUUUGAACUUACAAGUAACCAGGAGCCUGGCCCAAGUUUGCUUCCAGCAAUACAGACAAGUGUACAGCCUGGUGUUGACAGAGACAUCAUUAGUCUGGAGAAUGCAGACCUGCCACCACCACAGGAAGAGAAGGUGGAAGCCCAGGGAUGGGAAGGAGGGGACUUAAAGCCAGAGCAAAACCUCAGAGGAACAGCUGCAGCUACCAUGGACCAAGAAAUCCAGGAGAACAACCAGCUGGCUCACCCAUCCUUCCAGCUGCUGGAAGGUGAGCCACAUACUGUAGCAAAUGGUUGUGCUCCUCAGCAAGGGCAACCUGAAGCAGACCCAGGAUCUUUGAGGGCGUAUGGAGAGGAGGCUCCUGGGCCAGCCUUCCCUCGCCCAGAACCCCAGCAGGAUGGGAUUCCAGGUCCUGCUUCACCCCAGCCAGCACACCCACCAGAAGAAACAGGUCAGCAGGCAGUGACAGACAAUGAGCAGCCAGGGCCAGCAUUCCCUGCACAGGACUCUCAUGAGCUUGGCUCUAGUAAUGUGCCAGAACAAGGAGCUGCUGGGGAGGACCAGGACCUCACUGUGCUGCUCAUCAGAGAGACAGAAGCAAGAUUCCCAGAUGUGAAGAAGGAAUAUAUUGAAGAACUAAUCAGCAUCAAGAACUGCUAUGACUUAAAUGUACUUUGUAACUUUCUUCUGGAAAAUCCAGAUUACCCAAAGAAGGAGGGCAGAGUGGUUUUGAAUCCCAGCAGCAGCCUGCUUUCCAGCCAAGAUGAGACAAAGGUGCCUAAAGUGGACUACUUUGACUUCUCCAAACUCAUCCCACUUGAUCAGCGGUGCUUUGUCCAGGCAGCUGACCUCCUCAUGGCAGACUUCAAAAUGCUGAGCAGCCAAGACAUUAAGUGGGCACUACAUGAACUCAAGGGACACUAUGCAAUCACACGAAAGGCCUUUUCAGAUGCUAUCAAAAAAUGGCAGGAGCUGUCUCCCGAAACCAGCGGGAAACGGAAAAGGAGGAAAGAAAUGAAUCAGUAUUCAUAUAUAGACUUCAAAUUUGAGCAAGGGGAUGUGAAAAUCGAGAAGCGCAUGUUCUUCCUGGAGAAUAAGAGGCGGCACUGGAGGUCCUAUGACAAGCUGUCUCUUCUCCCACCUGUGCUGCUGGAGAAGGAAUUUUAUGAGCAGAAAGUUAAAGAGAUGGCAGAGCAUGCAGACUUUCUCCUUGCUCUGCAGAUGAAUGAGGAGCAAUAUCAGAAGGAUGGUCAGAUGAUAGAGUGCCGCUGCUGUUAUGGGGAGUUUGCCUUUGAAGAGCUCACUCAGUGUGCAGAUGGUCACUUGUUCUGCAAGGAGUGCCUAAUUAAAUAUGCUCAGGAGGCAGUCUUUGGCUCUGGGAAGUCAGAGCUCAGCUGCAUGGAAGGCAGUUGCACAUGUUCAUUCCCCACCAGUGAGCUGGAGAAAGUGCUUCCAGAGAACAUCCUCUGUAAAUACUAUGAGCGGAAAGCUGAGGAGGAGGUGGCUGCUGCCUGUGCUGAUGAGCUUGUCAGGUGUCCAUUCUGCAACUUUCCAGCUCUACUGGACAGCGAUGUGAAGAGGUUCAGCUGCCCUAAUCCCCGCUGCAGAAAGGAAACGUGUCGGAAGUGCCAGGGGCUGUGGAAGGAGCACAUGAACCUCACCUGUGAGCAGCUGGCUGAGAAGGAUGACAUCAAGUACAGGACAUCCAUAGAGGAAAAAAUGACAGCUGCUCGGAUUAGAAAGUGCCACAAGUGUGGGACUGGCCUCAUUAAGUCGGAGGGGUGCAACCGCAUGUCCUGCCGCUGCGGCGCUCAGAUGUGCUACCUCUGCCGGGCUGCCAUCAACGGCUACGACCACUUCUGCCAGCACCCUCGCUCGCCCGGGGCUCCCUGCCAGGACUGUGCCAAGUGCUCUCUCUGGACAGAUCCCACAGAAGAUGAUGAGAAGAUAAUCCAGGAGAUUCAGAAAGAGGCUGAAGAGGAACAAAGGAAGAAGAAUGGAGAGAACAGCUUCAAGAGGAUUGGCCCUCCUGCAGAAAAGCCCAUGGAAAAAAUCCAGAGGAUUGAAGUCAUCCCCAGGCCUGUUCCUCAGAACCUCCACCAGCCCCGGAUGCCUCCCUACCCCUUCCCGCACCCUCCCUUCCCGCUGCCUCCCGUCCGCCCCAUGUACAACAACCUCCCCCUCAACAUUGGCCCCAUCCCUGCCCCCUACGUGCCCCCCCUGCCCAACAUGAGGGUGAACUAUGAUUUCCCCCAGAUGAACAUUCAGCUGGAGCACAACUUGCCUAUGCACUUUGGCCCUCAGCCCCGGCACCGCUUCUGA